AUGUUGAACCGCGACCUGCACAUCCGCUACUUCAAGCGCUGCCUUGAGAUGCUGCCAGCAGCUAUGCAGUCGCUGGACGCAACGCGCAUGAUGCUGGUGCAGCUGAGCCUGGUGGGACUGGCGGCGCUUGGCGCUAUCGACGAGGCACUCACCAGCAACGACAGGCACGGCAUCAUCGAGUGGAUCUAUGCGCAGCAGGUGCCAGCAAACGCAGACAACAGCAACGCCAAGUACCGCGGCUUCCGCGGCAGCAGUAUGUUUGGCCCACACGACCAGAUCGAGUAUAUGCCGGCCAACUGCGGCAACCUGGCAGCCACGUACUCAGCACUGAGCGCCCUGGUUCUGCUGGGAGACUCGCUGGAGCGGGUCGACAAGAAGGCAAUUAUCGGCGUCAUGCGCGAGCUGCAGCAGGAAUCCGGCUGCUUCUCGCCCCACCCGCACACGACUGAGCGCGACCCGCGAUUCAUCUACUGCGCGUGCGCUGUGUCCGAGAUUCUGGGCGACUGGUCUGGGGUCGACAAGCAGGCUGCGGUUGCGUAUAUCCAGAGCUGCAUGUGCUAUGACGGCGGACUCACACAGGUACCGUUCCAAGAGUCCCAUGGCGGUCACGUCUACUGCUGCGUGGCCAGCCUGGCGCUGAUGGGCCGCUUGGAUGCCAUCCCGACGGACCGGGUGCUGCGGUGGGCGCUGUAUCGCCAAAACGAUGGCUACAACGGCCGUGUCAACAAGGACCCUGAUGCGUGCUAUGCCUUCUGGGUCGGCGCGGCCGUGGAGAUGCUCGGCGGCCACGAGCUGAUUGACAGCGACGGCACCUUCGGCUUCCUGAUGACGUGCCAGAGCAAGUUUGGCGGUGUUGGCAAGACGCCCGGCGACUACCCUGACCCGCUGCACUCGGCGCUGGGCCUUGUCGGGUACUCGUUCUGCCGCCCUGAGCAGCUGCAGGUGAUGUCACCAGCCCUGCUGCUGCCACUGCCGCUGAUGGAAGCCCGCGGCAUUGGCGCCAGCCUAUAA